AUGUUGAGAGCCGGUAUUCCAAUAAACAGAGUGCCUAGGUUUACUCCGUGCCGCUUUUUUAAUUCGUCUGCCCGUCGCUAUAAUGCACCUGUCCCCAAGCCGUCGAGUUUUCUUUCAAGGUCCUUCCGAACUCUCGGCUACGGUACUCUUGCCGUGGCAGCGUGCUCCGUCGGAUACGUUAGUUUCAAGGUGUGGCGUGAGUCUCAUCCAGCAGAACAACAGAAGCAAGCGCCGACGUUUGAAAACGGUAUGAAGAAGAAAACCUUGGUGAUUUUAGGCUCUGGAUGGGGGUCAAUCUCGCUCUUGAAAAAAUUGGAUACUACAUUGUAUAAUGUCGUCAUUGUGUCGCCACGUAACUACUUUUUGUAUACUCCUUUGCUCCCAUCUUGUCCGACAGGUACGAUUGAAGUGAGAUCGAUCAUCGAACCCGUUAGAGCUAUAACUCGAAGGUGCCCCGGCGAGGUGAUAUACUUGGAGGCAGAGGCUACCGAUAUUGAUCCUGUGAACAAUAAAAUCACCAUAAAACAGCUGACUACCGUUCAUUCAGGUCAUUCUGGUAAGGAUUCGAGCUCUUCCAAACCCACAUUCUCUGAAGAUAUAAUCACAUCCUUGAAUUACGACUAUUUGGUUGUUGGUGUUGGUGCGCAGCCCUCGACUUUUGGUCUUCCAGGGGUUGCUGAACACUCAACGUUUUUAAAAGAAGUGAGCGAUUCGAUGAAAAUCCGCAGAAGAUUGAUGGACGUCAUCGAGGCUGCCAACAUAUUGCCCAAAGACGACCCAGAAAGAAAGAGAUUAUGUCAUAUCGUUGUUUGCGGUGGAGGACCUACCGGGGUUGAGACAGCUGGUGAAUUGCAGGAUUAUAUUGAUCAAGACUUGAAGUCUUGGAUGCCUGAAGUUGCUUCCGAAUUGAAGAUCACCCUUGUUGAGGCAAUGCCCCACGUGUUGAGUAUGUUCAACAAAAAAUUGGUUGAGUAUACAAAUCAGGUGAUGAAAGAUACUCAUAUCAACUUGUUGUGUAGUCAUGUUGUGAAGGAAGUCAACGACAAGAAUGUUUACGCCGUAAGUAAGGAGAAUCCCAAUGAUGUGAAGGAAAUUCCGUAUGGAAUGUUAAUUUGGGCUACCGGAAAUGCGAAAAGACCAAUUGUUGGCAAUUUGUCUUCAAAAAUUGAAGAGCAAAAGAACGCCAAAAAGGGCUUACUAGUGGAUGAUAGACUUUUGGUUGAUGGUACCAAUAAUAUCUGGGCGUUUGGUGAUUGUACUUUCACCAAGUUUGCCCCCACUGCUCAGGUCGCCUUCCAACAAGGUAUCUAUUUGGCAGAGCAUUUUCAUAGAUUGCACGAAAUUGAGGCCUUAAAAUACAAAAUCAACAAUUCAAGACCAGAGGAACGCGUUGAUAGAUACAAGAAGAAAUUGGUGAAAUUGGAGUCUAAUUUGCCCGUGUUUGAGUAUAACCACCAAGGCUCCUUGGCUUACAUCGGCUCAGAGAGAGCAGUUGCUGAUUUGGUUUGGGGCGAUUGGUCCAACGUUAGUUCUGGAGGCCCGUUCACAUUUUUGUUGUGGAGAUCGGCUUACAUAUAUAUGUGUCUCUCAGUCAAAAACCAAAUUUUGGUCUGCUUCGACUGGCUCAAGGUUGCCUGUUUCGGUCGUGACAUCUCUAAAGAAUAG